ACUCAACAUCCGUCACAGACUCGCGCGCCCAGCGCGCCCAGCGCGCCCAGCGAGCAACGGAGGAACCCUGACCUUGUCCGUCCAGCCGGCACACUGGGCCACGCUGGGCGGUCGAGGCUGCUGCAUUGCUCGUGCCGCCUCCAACUGCUGGCUUCCUCGGAGGGUGCAUGGUGGCGAGCAGAGCGGACCGCCGCGAGGAGUCACACCAGCCGGAAGGAGGGAGCACCAUUCACAGCGCCCGAACAGCUGAUUGGCGCGUCUCAAACGAGGCCCUUGGCUGAAGGACCAAUCAUGGCGCGCUCGGAGGGUUGCUGCGGCCUGUCACUCAAGGCCUGCACCGUGACGCUGGCGUCGCUCAAUUUGCUGUACACACUGUCGGAGAUCGCGGUGUCGGCGAUGCUGGAGUACGUGGACACGACUCGCCCCCACGACGCCAUCGGGGACGAGGAUUACUUGGACUUGUCGACCGAAGCCCACUCCCACUCCAACCGGUCCGUGCGCAGCGGGCGCAGCGCGUACGGCGAGGGCGAGGACUACUCGGACGCGGCCCACCCCGAGGUCGAAGAGCUGGAGGAGCACGUACGACGCAUGGACGAAUUCCGCUUUAUCUUAAUCGUGGUCAUCAUAUUUUCCUCCAUAUCCGUCAUCCUGCUGUUUAUGAACAUCAUCUCCCUCUCGGUUCUCAUCUACGGAGCUGCAAAGAGCAAAACUCGAUGCAUCCGUCAAUGGCUCUACAUUGGCGGCGCCGUCAUCGCCUGCGACGUCCUGAGCUUCCUGGUGUACGUGAGUCUGGGCGUACACCUGAUCUACGCCAUGUGGCCCCUCAUGGACACGCCGCUGGCCGUCUACCUGUGGGUCAUGGCGUCGCGCUGGUGGGAGAGGUGCAGGGACAUGGACCGGAGGAACGCCGAGGCCCCCGUCAGCAUGGCCGCCUUGCUGGAGGACGGCGACACGGCCGACAACGCCAACAGCGCCUGCACCGUCACAUACAGUGCCUUGGACUGACGGACGGCGUGACAACCCCCAAAUCUACAAUGCAGCAGUGGCAAAUUUCAUGAGAGUACCCAUGCCUUUGCCAAUUUUGUUGAAAUCUAUGGUUUAAAUAAAAAUUUAUUUUGUAUAAUA